AUGGUGAAGCGCGACCCCGACUCUGCCUCGGCGUCAGCCUCGGACAGCGAGCACAAACCAUCUGCCAAGAAGCGCGCUACCCCAAAGUCAAAGGGCACCGACACCAAGAAGACGAGCACCUGGACGACUGACAAGCGCGCUGCCCUGCUCGAGUUCGUCAUUGCCGAGGGCGCCAAGAGUGCCAACCUCGACAAGAUUGCCUCGGACCUCGGCGUCACCAAGUCGCAGGUCGUCGACCAGCUCAAGCCCAACCGCUCCAACCUCCGCCGCCAGGCUGUGGAGGCCAUCAAGUCGUCUUCGGGCAAGGCCUAG